CACACAAACCCGUUCGACAUGAGAAUCGCUAUCACCGGUGCUCGCGGCACGGUCGGGCGUGAGGUCGUCAAGGCGGCUUCGAAAGCCGGCCAUUCCACUGUCCAGGUCGACCGCACCGAUACGGAGUACGAUGGCACUCCUAACUCGGAAAUGAAGACGGCGGAUACCGCCAACGACUACCAGGCCACGCUCAAGGCCUUCCAGGGCUGCGACGCCGUCAUUCAUCUGGCCGCGAUUCCCGACCCCGUCGACAAGGGUGACGACCUCGUCCACAACAACAAUGUCAACUCCGCCUUCAACGGGUUCCGUGCUGCCGCCGAGCUGGGCAUCAAGCGCGUGUGCUACGCCUCCUCCGUCAAUGCGAUCGGGCUGGAAUAUGCCAACCGACCCCUGAAGUUCGACUACUUCCCCGUCGAUGAAGAGGCCGAGUCCCGCCCGACGGACGCUUACGCGCUGGCCAAGGACGAAGCCGAGCUGCAGGCCCGUGCGUUUGCUCGGUGGUUCCCCGGGAUGAACAUUGCCUGCAUGCGCAUACAUGCCGUGUCGUCGCGAGCCGAAGCGCAGCAGGGACACAAAGAGAAUUGGGAUACUUCAGCCGUGAAGAGUCUGUGGGGCUGGGUCAGUCCGCAGGCGACCGCGAGAGCGUGCCUGUUGGCCGUGGAGAACAGUGACAACUUGAAGGGAUGUGAGGUCUUCAACAUCGUCGCCCCAACAACUACGCAGGACACCCCUUCCAAGGACCUGGCCAAGAAGUACUACCCGGACGCAGAGAUUCGAGGCGAUCUAUCAGGGAACCAGUCCCUCUUCGCCACAGACAAGGCAAAGAAGAUCUUGGGAUGGGUACAUGACGAGAAGGAGUGACUCAAUCGGGAAGCUAUAAUCUAUUCUCGUCUGUAGACUUUUGUAAAAUCUCCUACAUUAGCGAUUAUAAUGAAGACCCGAUGGCACACG